CUGAGGCAGGCCGGACGUGUGAGGGGAACCAGGCGCAGGGAGCCGCAGGGCUGGUGGUGGAGUCGGGCACAGAGCAAACGUCUCCCUGAGCCCAGAGUGUCCCCCUGGCCGCUGGGUUUUUCUGCCUCCUCAGCGGUGGUGAUUUGAAAGUCGUGUCCUUAACGAGUGUUUUACUUAAAGGCUAUUAAAAUAGCGUUGUCAGAAAGCACGCUUCCAGUUGCUUGCUACGCCCAUAACGUUCAGAAACACAGGCAGCGUUUUGCUAGUCCUAAAGCGGAGAACCUCGCUGUUGCGCUUCUAAUAUUACGUUGUGCAGUUUCACGGAUAUGUAGCAGAUGGUGAUCCUUGAAAACUUUUCGUGUCUUUGGAGAAAAGGUUUUCAAGAAUCGGUGUGUGUGUGCUUUCCUCACCCAAAAAGAGCAAUUACAGAAAGGCAUUGACUUGAAGUCAAUGUGCUGUAAACAGUUAAAAGUAACCAUUAAAAAUAGCAUUUGGCUUAACUUACUUUCUUGCUACCGUAUCUUAUGUAGGUAAACAUUAAAGCUUUGGAAAAUGUAUUCUGAAAUAAUGCUGAUGUAAUUCAUAAAUUACAUACCCAUACUGGCCCUAGUUUUUCAGGGAUGCUAAAUGAACUCGAUAGCUAAGAAGAAAAGACUAUGAAAUUCAGGUGUGAAACAGCUGUCUGACAGAGUAGUGGACCACUGCGUUUCUCUGAGUAUUGCAGUAUCAUCACUGUUGUUUUCUGUAGUCAAAAUAAUAGAGUAAGUCAAAUUUGGGAGUCUGGCUUAUUUUGGGAGUGUUUUGAAGAUCUGACUUUUUGAAUGCCUCUUUUUUUUUUUUCUUUUUUUUCUUUCCCUCCCCCCUCCUUAGCUCAAAUACAUAAAUUACAGAUAUAUGUUGUAAACUUAUUUUGUAGGAGCAACUGGUCAUGGUGGAACUGUCAGGAAUUAUUGAUUCAGACUUCUUAGAAAAAUGUGAAAACAAAUGCAAGAUUUUGGGAAUAGAGACAGAGAGGCCCAUUUUACAAGUGGACAGAUACGUCUUUGCUGGUGAAUAUGAGGAUACCUUGGGAACCUGUGUGGUUUUUGAAGAAAAUGCAGAACAUGCAGAUGCAGAAGGCAACCCAAAGCUACAGCUGAAAUACAAGUGCCAUACAAUGAAGAAAUUGAAUAUGACACGGACACUUUUGACAGAGAAGAAGGAAGGCGAGGAGAAUGUUGAUGGUGUGGAGUGGUUGCAGAUCAAGGACAGAGAUUUUUCCUACAGCAGGCCUAAUAUGAUUUGUAGCUUUCUGCGUGAAAAGGAAGAUUCUGAGGAGUCAGCUCAGGCGCAGGACAAAUUGACUGAAGACUCAGAGGGAGAGGUGAGCGACAGAGGAAACUCUGACAUGAAUUGUGAUCUGGAGAAGGAGCACGCCUUGGAAACGGAAGCCUCUGUUCCUCUGCCUGACAGCCCUGCUUCUAGGACAGAGGAUUCUCCUUCUAGAAGUGUUGCCUUAGAUGAUGCCCCACCAUGAUGUCAGCUCUGAUACUUUCCAGAUUUCUUUGUGGAGUUAGCGGACCAAUUUUUAAAGGCCUUGACCUGAUGUCCAAUAUAUCUGAGCAAUUAAUAGUGCAAAAAAUGAUUUUCUUGCACAUUGCUCUUAUGUCUGGAUCUUAGUGAGCUUUUUAGUAUUUGUUUAAAAAUGCCAAUUGGGAAUGUGUGUAUCUCUACCUCAGGACUGAAGAGGAGGAAAUAGUUUCCUAAGGUAGUUCCUUAUUAUGUAAAACUUGGUUUUGUACAAUCUGGGACGUCUUGUAAUGAGGAGGGGGAAUAAAGUCCUGACACUUCCAGGUACGAUUUCACCUGAUGUCAUGUUAUUCAAUCACAUACAAUGUCUGUUCUUGCACUACGUUUAUUUGAUUUUUUUUUUUUCAAUAAGUCUGUCUGUAAUUACCUUUUUGCUAAGACUGUUACUCAUCAAAUCGGAUUGCUUAGUUUGGGUUUUCUAUAGCAUUUUUCUUCCCCUUCCUUGACUUUUUGAUCUUAGAACCUUUUGUUUGUUUGUUUGUUUGGCUUUUAUGCCUAAGGUCUUGUAACCACGGGUCAGUGGUUCUCACACUCGUCCUCAUGACUAUGUCAUGAUCACCACCGAUUUAUUCUCAUAUAAAAGAUCAAUACCUGGUAGAGUCAUUAGAUUUUUUUAAAACAGCUUUUUUUAAGCAUAAAAUGAUUUCUUCAUAAUCCUUUUUCCCUUCCCACUUUACUUGCAACAAUACUUAACACUGACUAGGGGAUUAUGGAAACGCCUACCUAAUUCCAGUAGAAUUAUUUAAUACUUUAGUUAGUAAAGGUCGCAGGAGGCAUCACCAGCAUUGUACACAGGACAGGAUCAGUAAAGAUAAGUCAAUAAAAUGGUACAUCAGUUUCAAACCAUCAAUCCCCCUAUUCUGGUUUUCUGUGUAGAAGCAAUUGAUCAAUGGGGGCAGGGAGAGAGGAGGGUAGGGAAGAAGAAGAGAGGGUCUUUUGGGUGCUCUCCAGCCUGGGUAUGGAUCUUCCAUGGAAGUGCCUAUGCAGUAGGCUUCAGGGAGAUCUCGGAACUUUCAUUUUCUAUUCAACGAGUGGAGUUUUAAAAGCAUUAUUCAAACUUUAUUUUUGUGUUGCUUACAGAGUAGUAUUAUAAUUGGAAUAAUGAUCUCGGGAAUAAUAUGAGCUGGCAUAAUGUAAGCUGGGCAUGCUGCAGAGAGAAUAGUGUUUGCUGUCUCAUCUGCUGCUGCUGAGAACAGGUGCUUCCACAGAUUUCCUCUCUGUCAACACUACAGCAUAGCAACUCCCUCCUAUGUUUUGUUACCAAUUGCAAAAGCUGUCACUAUGUAUGUUUCUGACCUUUUUGCAGCCUUUUCUUUCAGUUGUAUACAGCUAUUUCUUUGUUCUACUUUAACUGGGAAAUCAGUAUUUUUGUCUCUCUGAAUGUUUUCUGUACAUUAUAAACUAUGAGCAUCUUCA